AUGGCUUCUUCUUUGGGUUCUUUGGUCCUGGUCCUCGUGGCGUUGGUGCCGUGGAGCGUGGCGUCCCGGCAGCAGGCGUGCAGAAGGUGGAGCGAGUUUGAUCGACUGGUGGCGGAUCUGAACGCCACGUUCAAGCACUGUCCGUCAGACUGCGACGCUCCGCACAUCACUAAGUGUGAGUUCCCGUCGUUCCUGAUCUAUGGCCUGAGGGCCGUGAACCACACGCUGCCUGACAGAUCACGGUCCGUCCAGAAAGUCAUCGACAAACUGCUCUUCACCCAGAGCCACUGCAAGAACGACCUGUCAUCUGUCAACCCUCGAUGUCUCUUCAGUUUUUCUGCUCAGUCGUUUUUCUCGUUUCUGCAACAAACCAAACAAUGGAUCCACAGCGGUCAGGAGCAGAGGAGGCAGCUCUAA